UUUGUCAUAUUUGUGGGGGGUUUUUGUAGGGUUUAUCUAUCUCUCUCUCCCUAUCUACCCAACAUCACUGAAACCCACAAACCCAGUGGAAAUGGGUUCCCUCAGAAAUGAACCAGACAGAGAUGACAAGGAGGAGGAGGCAGAGGAGCCCAUUUUAGCAGAGCAAACCCAGAGAUUCUGUAUGUUUCCCAUUCGGUAUCAGCAGCUUUGGGAGAUGUACAAGAAGGCUAUGGCUAGUUUCUGGACUGCUGAGGAGGUUGAUCUCUCCCAGGAUGUACAGCAGUGGGAGACUCUGACUGACUCCGAGAAACACUUUAUAAGCCAUGUCCUGGCAUUUUUUGCCGCAUCAGAUGGGAUUGUUUUGGAGAAUUUGGCUGCAAGAUUUCUAAAUGAUGUUCAAAUUCCAGAGGCUCGGGCAUUCUAUGGAUUUCAGCUUGCAAUGGAGAAUAUUCAUUCUGAGAUGUACAGCUUGCUUUUAGAGACAUACAUCAAGGAUCCUAAAGAGAAGCACAGAUUGUUCAAUGCAAUUGAAAAGAUUCCUUGUGUCUCUAGGAAGGCCAAGUGGGCUUUACAUUGGAUAAACAGUUCAAAUUCGUUUGCAGAGAGACUUGUUGCUUUCGCAUGUGUUGAAGGAAUCUUCUUCUCAGGAAGCUUCUGUGCCAUAUUCUGGCUAAAAAAGAGGGGACUAAUGCCAGGUUUGACAUUCUCAAAUGAGCUUAUUUCUAGAGAUGAGGGCCUCCACUGUGAUUUUGCUUGCCUUCUGUACAGUUUGUUACAGAAGCAACUUAAUCCGGAAAAAGUUCAUGGAAUUAUACAUGAAGCUGUCGAAAUUGAGACCGAGUUUGUUUGUGAUGCCCUCCCAUGUGCAUUGAUUGGCAUGAACUCAGCUCUCAUGAGCCAGUACAUAAAAUUUGUUGCCGAUCGACUCUUGGUUGCAUUAGGUUAUGAGAAGAAGUACAAUGUGGAAAAUCCUUUUGAUUGGAUGGAGUUCAUUUCUUUACAAGGGAAGACAAAUUUCUUUGAGAAAAGGGUGGGCGACUAUCAAAAAGCAUCUGUUAUGUCGAGCCUCCAAGAUGGCGGAAAGAAUUUCGUCUUCAAGAUGGAUGAGGACUUCUAGCUAGUCAUCCAAUUUUUGCUGCAGCUUCUCCUAGAAAUGUGGCGAUUGCUCGUAUUCUAAUCGAAAUUUUGUUACUAGUCUUUUUGGCAAGUUGGUAACAGACUAUAUGUGUAUAUCGUGUUGGGCUAUCAGCUUGGUAAAUGUACAAGAGCUUCAGAUCUACUGCUAUUCAUUUCCUUGUUACCUUUAGUGAUUCAUCAUCAACAAAGAAUUGGAUAUAUAUAAUUUAUGCUUUAUUGUCAUAAUGUGGAACUGUGGAAAAUAUCUAUAUAGCAUCAUUGUGUAUGAAAAUGGUGCUUUUGUGUGC